ACAAUAACAUGUGAUCAGGAAAUCGACGAUGUUCAAAGUUAUUGAACCUUGUUUUUCUGCUUUAAAAAAAUAUUUCCUGCUUUUUCUACUUGUUAUUAUCAUAAAGUCGUCUUCAGAGAGUUUACCAUGUGACCAGAGAAGUUAUGGACAGGGUUCUUAUGUAUGUGUUUGUAACUCCACCUACUGUGACAGAGUAGAAUCUAAUGAUCCCAUUCCUAAAGGCAGAUAUACUGUGUACACUUCAAAUAAAGAGGGAUAUCGUCUACUUAAAACCUAUGGCCAGUUUAAUUCCACCCCUUCUACAACCAACAAAGGAAUAUUCACUAUCAACAAAAAUGUGACGUACCAGACCAUGAUUGGCUUUGGUGGAGCAUUUACUGAUGCUGCAGGGAUUAAUAUUGCUAGUCUGUCAUCUGAAGCUCAAGAAAAUCUACUCAAGUCUUACUAUUCUCCUGAGGGUAUUGAGUAUACCGUGGGAAGAAUACCAAUGGCUAGCUGUGAUUUUUCAACACAUCCAUAUUCCUAUGACGACCAUCCUGGAGAUUUUAUGUUACAAAACUUCUCAUUGGCUGUAGAAGAUUUAAAGUAUAAGAUUCCUUACAUUAUAGCAGCUCAGAAAAUGAACAAAAGAAACCUGACUUUAUUUGGAAGUCCUUGGAGUGCGCCUGCUUGGAUGAAAGAUAAUCAAAACAUGACAGGAAAGGGAAGUUUGAUAGGAAAACCUGGAGGCAAAUACUAUAAAACAUGGGCUCAAUAUUUUGUCAGAUUUUUACAAGAGUAUGGUGAACAUGGCAUUGCUCUAUGGGGUAUAACAGCACAGAAUGAACCUUCGGAUGGAAAAAUUCCUAAUUUCAAGUUCCAAGCUAUGGGAUGGACAGCAGCCCAACAAAGAGAUUUCAUUGCAUUAGACUUGGGACCAGCUUUAGAGAAAAAUGGCUUUCAGUAUAUCAAAUUAAUGAUACUAGAUGACGCUAGAUUCUUGUUACCUUAUUGGGCAGAACAGGUAUUUUCCAGUCCUGAAGCAUCAAAGUAUAUCUCUGGAAUAGCUGUCCAUUGGUAUGAAGACUUUAUCACUCCAACUAUAGCUUUAUCUAGUACUCAUCAAAAAUUCCCAGAUAAAUUUAUACUGGCUACUGAGGCUUGUGCAGGAUCUAUUCUACCAUUUGGUAAAGUUAUUCUGGGAAGCUGGGAAAGGGCUGAAAGUUAUGCACAUGAUAUUUUACAUGAUGUCAAUAACUGGGUUACUGGAUGGACAGAUUGGAAUAUUGCAUUAGAUAUGGAGGGAGGACCAAAUUGGGUGAAGAAUUUUGUAGACAGUCCCAUUAUCGUAAAUGCAAAGGAGGAUGAAUUUUAUAAACAACCAAUGUUUUAUGCAAUGGGACAUUUUAGUAAGUUUGUACUUACUGGUUCGAAGAGGAUAGACAUUAAAGGAAGUGAGGUUGAUGGUUUACAAAUAUCAGCAUUCAUACAGGGAGACAACUCUAUUGUUAUUGUAAUACUUAACAGAUCAGAUGAUGAUGGCAUUAUUUCUCUACAUGAUCCAGAAUUAGGGUUCAUUAAUUUAUCAUACUCCAAACACUCUAUACAAACUGUUAUAUGGUGGACAUGAGAAUUCUGUACCCAACCUCAUACUUUAUAUUAUGAUAUUGUGGCUCCAGUAUAUCAUCACUUUACUUGCAAACAAAUUAAUGAUAUAAACAACAUGUGUAGACUGUUUUGAUCUGUGCUACUCUUAUGAUGUUGAUUGGAUUGACUUGGAAUUUGGAUUAAAGUUUAUUUCAAACACAUUUUCAAAAGUUAUUUGAGGAGGAUGACACACUUUUUGGAUGUGGAAUACAUGGUGUAUUAAAAAGGACUGAUGUAGGAUAAAGGGGGGUAACAGCAUAUGGGGAUGUUUGAUAUGGGGUAAAAAAAAAAAGUGGG